UUGUAUAAUCACCGGGGAUGAACAACUUUUGUCACGUGACCACAAAAGUCAACGCAGGUUGUUGAAUUACAUCAGGAAUCCCGCUCCGUCAGAAUGACACGAAAAAAGUCUCACCUCGGGCGGACCAAACGAAGGACUGGAUUGCAUCACACUUCUGAAUUCCUACCGCCAACAACCUCGCCUUUUCGAACAGCAAUGAAACGAAAAUUAACACCAAUGAAGUCUCCAAUUCAGCAACCCUUUCGAUCUCCUUUGUAUAAAGCAAAACGAAAAUCGCACCGAGAACUAUUUAAAGACAAUGAUAAUCGCGAUACUAACUGGGUUAUUGAUAUGAACUCUCAAAUUCAAAGUGACAACGCGCCAAAUCCAAUGAAUGAUAUUUUUGACAAAGAGGAGAACAACAAUAAGUGCAGUGCAACACAAACACAGAAUGUUACCGUUGAAAAUUGCACACAAACGGAAAAUGAUUAUGCAUCAAAUAUACUUACCAACCCUAAUAUAGCAAAUAACAUCGCAAAAGAAUUAAAGGAAAUGGUGGACGUUGUUGUUGAAAAGUUAUCAUUACAUUCAAAACUUCAUUUAACACUGUUAACUUUCUUCAAACUGAUUGUGAUGGAUUUAUUUCCACUUGAUAAUAUUGCUUUAAUGUUGUGGUCCGAUGUAGUGCGAUGGUUUGAUACAUCAAAUACAACACAUAUGCGAUACAGUGAGGACACAAAACUGUUUUGGAAAAUAGGGUGGCGUUUGUUUGGUUGUCGAUUUGUAAAUUUUAUGGCUGGAUUCAAAAACCAGUCUGAAUAUUCGCUGGGUAUUUCUGAGAAAAGUAAAUAUAGUCCAAAAACUUCAAAGAUAAACUUUGCUGUUCCAGAUAUCAAAGUGCUUCGUUCUUUUGAUCGUUUUAAGUGUGACAGCCAACGUGACCCUGGGAUUUACGAUGAUGUAAUUUCAUUGCUCGAACAGAAUGCAGGUCACAUGUCAUUUUGUCUUACAUUCGAUGGCAAAAAACUCAAACAAGGUUUAACACAACAAUUUGGCGACGUUGAUCUAAUUGGAUUUGAAAACGGACCAACACUAAUGGAAAAAAGAUCAAUUUUGCAGCAGACUACUGAAGACUUAAGUGUAUUAUCCUCACAAAUCCGGAGUCAAUUUGACAAGAAAGUUCCUUUAAAAAGGUUGCCAGAUGAGCUGAAAGCACAACUCAAGCAUUUUCUCUUGAAUAUGCUUAAAACUGUGUCAACAGGAAAACAUGAGAUGGAGCAAAUAAAAAGGAAAAAAGAGUAUGCCAAAGAUAAGUUGAUGGAACGAAGUGAUGAAACUAACUGGAGAAAUGGGAAGUUUGGUUAUGCGAUAAGUGCCAUUAUUGCAUACAUCUAUGACAUUGACACGUUUGUUGGGAAAUCUGAGAAAGUUAUUCGAGAAAUAUGCGUGUGUGUGGCUUCACUCAAUGGAAAAUUGUUUGUGGAUGAUAGGAACGUUAGCUUAGAAAACAACAGUGCAUUUUAUGCUAUUGAUGAACUUCAAAAUGUGGACGAAAACUACAGUACAAGAUUAAUCAAGCAGAGAACUGAAAGGUGGUUUGAAUUGCGUGCAUCAGCCAAGAUUACCGGCAGCACACUGUACAAAGGGCUUGGGUUUGAUGGUCUGAAAAAUCAGAAAGACUAUUUUGAAGGUCAGUUCUGUGGCGUCCCCAGCAAAACACCAUCUGAAUACAUAGCUAAUGCAAUGAAGCAUGGUCAAGAUAAUGAAAUCAAUGCCGUAGCAACACUUGUUGGCAAGAUUUUGCCUGUCGUUUUGCCUGAUUUAGUUUACUGUGAAGAAGGCUGUGUCGUGGUGCAUGACGAAUGUCUAAACCCAUUUUUAGUUGUUUCACCAGACGGAAGUCUGCGACGAGACGUAUCGAUGAAAAGUUCAGAAUAUGCAGUCGAAAUAAAAUGCCCAAUACGUGACGUACAUUAUGAGUUGCCAGAAAGAUACCUGCUGCAAUGUUUAUCUGAAAUUGAGGCACUUGAUGUCGGAAAACUUAUAUACUUGUCCUGGACCGACACAUUUACCUCUGUCUUUAUCGUUGACAGGAAUAAAUCUUUGUUUGCUAAGGCGAUGCAGCUCGCAAAUUCAUUAUUUGGUGGUUCCAAGAUAGAGAUGCCAACUAGGUUGCCGGAUCAAAUAAAACUUCUCAAAGAAGAAAUGCAUACAUGUUGCAAGACAAUACCAUUGAUUGGACUCUUUCCAUCUGCAGUUGUUGGAAACCCUAAAACAUGCUCUGACCAAGAAAGAACUGUAUAUGAUAUGACUUGCCUUUUAGAAUCAGUACAAGACUUUCACGCCAGAAGAUAUGAACUUAAAAGAGAAAAGGCAUCAGAAUCGAUUGUGUUUAUUUGUUCUGACCUAAAUAGAAGUUGGGAUAAAAACACAAGGUAUAAUGUUCCAGUUGCGUGGUUAACAAAGGGUUACAGUCUCGACACACAGACAAUGAGACAAAUAUCAGAGGGAGUACAUAUGAAGUGUCAUGCAGCUGGUAUACACAUUCCAUGUCAAUCCUUUGAUGGCCAGUGGCACAAUAUUGUUACUAGAACAAUCGACAAUAAGCCUCUGACAAUACUUCAACUCCAGAAAGAUGUAUGGCGAGAAGUUGAGCAAAUGCGAAAACAGACAAUAAUCACUAAGUUUCGAGAAAUCAAUACCUGUCCAACUUGGUUUGUCGCACAAAAUGACAAGUUCAAACGAAUAAUUGUGAGCAAUUACAUAACGGAUAUGCCAAAACUAAAACUUGAAAGAAACAAACCUUCAACAAAAGAAAAUACAAUAGGAGGGACACACGAAAUUCGAGAAGAUUCAAAUGCAUGUAUUGAUAAGACGUAG